GUUUAGUCAGUGGUAUUUGAACUUUAGACUUUAUCGAGGGGAGGGUUUGGACGUCGGAAAUGGCCACUGUGAGGAAAACACACUCGACUAGUUUCGAUUAGCUCACAGAAAAUAUUUUCUGCUUCUCAGAAAGGAGAAACUGAGAGAAACCACGCUUUCAAAGGUUUGUGGAGCCCUAUAACCAGCAGGAAAUUAUUUGGUUGAGACGACUUGAAUUAUAGGGACGAGGAAAGAAUAGCCUGCUUUGAAGAGCUGUGCGGACAACAGGUGAUACAGCACCCGGAUGGAUUACCUGAGAGACAGGUUUGAACAUUUUAUAGCCUAGAGAAGUGACUAUAAGGAGGAUGGUUUUCUCUGGUUAUGUAAGCCUCUUCAAUUUGGAUCUUAUCUCAGUAUAAAUCACUUCCCAGGGAUCCGCCAGUAUGUAUGAGGGGCCCAUCAGCUCUGAGGAACAUUUUAAUGACCCUAUGGGAGAAGCAGCACUGCCCUCAGAAGAGCCAAUAGACUCAGACUGUGAAACUUCAGGCAAUAAUUUAAGUGAUAGGCCUACAGAUUCCCCUAAAAGCAUGCUAACAAGCCAGUUCCGCUCAAAUCUUGAGGAGCGAUUGUCAAGACAUGGGCCUCGACCCGUGUCUCCUGCUUUAAGCGCCUCCUCGCGCAGAUCCAGAUUUCAGAGACAGCUGGAGGAAUCGGGCAGCAGCGCCUCCCGCAGACUGUCAGUGGACGCGUCGGAGAAGGGCUCCCUCACACCCGCUAUGCGAAAGAAGUAUUUGAAAGAGUUGUUUUUGAAUCAUACAUCUGGAUUGUCAAGCAUUUUAUCAUCCAAACACAAAUCGUCAGAGGAGGAGGAGGCUCCGUAUGGCGACACUUUGAACAGCGGCGCGCUCUGGGCUUUGGAUCCUAUGGAGCACGCCUGGAUGCUUUCAGUUGUGGAUGGAAAUUAUGACACUAUGCUCGAAUUUCUCGUUGAAGAUCCCAGUUUAUUGAGCAGAAAAGACUUUAUCAGUGGUUUUACGGCUCUCCACUGGUUGGCCAAAAAUGGAAAGGACGAGACACUGAUUCAGCUUCUCAGGCAUGCAGAAAAAGAGGGGCUGUCAGUGAAUGUGAACUUGAGAGGCAGUGGAGGUCUGACGCCUCUUCAUGUAGCUGCCAUGCAUAACCAGUACACGGUCGUGAAGGCUUUGGUUGGUGCAUUCAGUGCCAAUAUAGAUGUCAUGGACUACAGUGGGAAAAGAGCAUGGCAGUAUCUCAAAGACAACGCACCGAGAGAAAUGAAGGAGCUUCUGGGAGCUUGGGAUGAUGAACAUUCUGUAGGGUACUUGAAUGUGAAUAACAGUGCGAGUCAAGCACAACCAGCUGAGGAACAUACUCAAGAAAGUAGAGUUGAGGGGGAUUGUUCAGGAGGAAUCACACGCCAGCGAUUCUCAUUAUUUAAGAGGCUGUUAUACAAUGUUGGUCUGCUUGAAAAGAUCUGAGACUUUACCAAAAUCAGGUCUUCAGGUCAUUAUUGUUAUACACUUGAAAUGUGCUCCUUUAUGAGUAAUAAAACUUGUAUGUUUAAUAAUGUGGCAAUUGCUUAACCUUAUAACAGUGCUGGGUAUUAUAUGAUAAAUCUUUUUAAUAAACCAAGCU